UUUUAUGGAAAUUGCUCCUGAACUUUAUCUAAAGCAGUUCAUUGGUGGUGGAAAAGAACGUGUAUAUGUAAUUGGACAACUAUUUAGGCAUGACGGGAUUCGUCUGAUACGUUGUCCUGAGUUCAUGUGUGAGUUUUAUAUGGUUCUUGCGGAUUACGACUAUUUGAUGAAGCUGACUGAAGAAAUGUUGAGCGGCAUGGUGAAGGAGCUGACAGGUGGCUACAAAGUUGCAUAUUAUGCCUCUGGGUGUGCUAAUAACCCAAUUGAAAUUGACUUCACUCCUCCUUUCAGAAGGAUUUCAAUGAUUGAAGAGUUGGAAAAGGUGGCAAACCUUAGCAUACCCAAAGACCUUAAGAGUGAGGAAGCUAGACAAUAUCUUGCUGAUGCAUGCAACAAGUUUGAUAUCAAUUGUUCACCGCCUCAAACGACAACACGAUUGUUGGAGAAACUUUCAAAGCACUUUCUAGAGGACAUGUGUGUCAAUCCUACUUUCAUUACGGAGCACCCUAAAAUAAUGAGUCCACGGGCAAAAUUCGUGAGAGACAAUCUAGGAUUGACUGAACGCUUCCAAUUGUUUAUUAACAAGUUUGAGCUCCUAAAUUCAUACACCGAACAAAAUGACCCUGUGUUGCAUCGCUUUCGAUUUGGAAAUCAAGUAAAGCUUUUUGUAGAAAAAGGGGUACGCCCAACCCAUUAUGAAACAUUUUGGAGUUAUUAA